CUCAUACAACGAUCGACCGACAACGUUAGCCCCAGGCAACGAUGACAACGACAACCACAAUUACAACCACAACCACAACAAGAAGAACAACAGCUAGAAGAACAGGAGCAAUGGCAACAACAACAACAACAAGCAGACGUGGAAAGGUAUCAACGGCCACAUCGGUCUUGCUGCUAUGUGCAGCAUUGUUGCUGACCCAGUCGUGGGGUGCAAUGGCGUUCAGUGCUAUUGUAAGACCCGAGGCAGAGGUGGCCCAAGCAGAUGCCUUGAUCGAUACAACAACAACAACAGUUGCUGAGGGUAGCGGCUGGGAUACGACCAUAUUGACAACUAUUGCGGAUCAAGAGCAAACCACUGAAGGUCAAACCGAUGUGGAGCCAGAAACAACAACAACUGAGGCACCAUUGUCAACGGAAAUUUCCACCGAAGGAACCAAUGCACCCGCCGAGGAACAAACAACAACCGAAGAGUCAGAAAUCACUACCUCAGACAACAACCAGGAGCAAGAUUCGACUUCAGUUCCGGACGAGAGCUCAACCACCACAACAGCUGACUCGGAAACCACUCCAGCUGCAACCGAAGAGUCUACGGAUAUUACCACAACGGUCGACAGUAGCAGCAGCAGCAGCAGCACCAGCGACAGCCCAACAACAGAGCAAGUGGAAACCACAACCAUUCCGGCGCCAACAUUUGAAUGCCAAUCGGCUGGCCACUUUGUUCACAUCAGCGGAGAUUGCAGCCGCUAUCAUAGUUGUCUAUUGAAUGCCCAGCUUGGUCAAUUGGAGUUAGUGGAAUCAGCUUGCCCCGACUUGACCGUCUUCUCGCCAGUAUAUGGACGUUGCGUGCGAGAUUUAUCCUCUUGCCAGAGUGAAGCAUUCGAGUGUCUGGCCGUGGGACGUUUUGCUGGCAGCGACGAUACCUUCUAUUACAAUUGUUUGCCUAGUCUGUUGGGCGGCUUCCACAAGUUCAUUGUUCGCUGCUCAACGGGACAACGCUUCGAGCCUUUGAUUGGCGGCUGCUGGCGCUAUGAUUGGACCCAACUUGUACCUGGACAGGAGGCAUUGGAGGCAAGUGAUUUGGCUGCCAUUAAGCAGGAAUUGAAGCUAUACAAAGCGGAGGAAAAACUGCGUAAGAAGGCCCUAAAGAAUCAAGAGAAACUGGCACGCAAGCAACAGAAGCUGCUGGAAAAGGCAGCCAAAAAGGCGGCCAAGGAAGAGGCCAAAAAGAAGGCCAAGGCCGAGAAAGAGCCAUCUGUGGAGAGUGCCGAGGAAUCCAAGGAAGCCUAAGCAGAGCGAUAACUCUAUAGAAAUGUCAUCAAAUAUCGCUCAGAGUUAUCUUUCAGAGUAAUUGCAAUCUAUGUUGGUGUUUUUGGCCUACUUUAAUUAAGCUAUAAAUGUGUUUUUUCCUUCUUAUUUUUUUUUUUGUUGGUUUGCAUAAAUAAAGACAAGAUAAGAGGUCUUAACAGAA